CUUAUUAAAUAGAUUGAUUGUUAACCUGACAACUACAGCCUGAAUGUGAAAUGACUGGUCGUGCUUCGUCCGUAGACUCCUCUCAUGGUUCUGACGCAGAAAGUGUAGACAGCAAUUCUGUUGGUGGGGGAGGGGAUGCCCAGAGACGGAUGAGUGGUCGCAAAAAGAAAGGAGUGAGCUACAAAGAAGGACGGAGCAAGAAGUUGAAAUCAACCGAAGAAGAAAAUGAACACGAGUUUUCCCAGGUGACUUCAUCCGUUACGAUAACAGAAGAAACUACAACAACAACCACUACGACGAACAGUUCCGAUCCUAACAUCUCAACGAACAAUCGAUCAGUCCUGAGAAGUUCACAUAAUAAUGUUAUGCUAUCAGGAGCAUCUUUUAACAAUCAAACAGCAUCAGACGAUAUUCUCAACACGUCGGGAUCAGUGAAUGUUAGUUUGGAUAUCAAUUCUAAAUUCUACAAGUUCCAAUUGUCGCGUCUCGCUUAUCAACUCGUGUAUGAUGCAUCGGAAAAGUUCGUACCGGAACGAGUUGAAAUGGUUAAAAAUCAAAUUGUCAUGCUUAGUUCAGCCGAAAACGAAAGUCGAUUUUCAUUUUUUGAUUCGCAAACUUUGGAGCUUGUUGAGUCUUCUGAGUUUCCAUUUUCGGUUGUAGAUUUUUGUGUCGGGAAAAAAUCCAUGUUUUUCACAAAUGGAAAGCAGCUUUUUGUCUGGAAACUUGAAAACAGAGAUCAAGGGUACGAUACUCUCGAUUUGCCCGAAGUUGAAGUAUCAAUAGAUGCGCUUUCGGCUGUCAAUGAAAACGUUGGUCUAAUUAUCUCACGAAACUACUCAUACUACGAGAGUGUUUUGGUGUACAAAAUAGUGGAAAACAAAAAAUCUGAGACUUUGAAUGUUAUGAAACAACAUCUGUCGGACUUGAAUUGUAAAGUUGACCCUUUUUCAUUUGCGAUGCUGAAAGACCAUGAUGAUAAAUUUGUGGUUAUGAAUCAAGUGAAACGGCAGCUGGCGAUGUACAGUUUUGUCUCGAAAACUACCCUUAGUGAGCUUAUGAAGUUUACUCUACCACAGGCGGGUAUCGAUAGUGUAAGAGUUUGUCAAGGACCAGUUAGCCGAUCGCUUUUGGCGGUUUUGAACCACAAAAGAGUGGGAACUUCGCUUGUGUUUCUGGACUGGGGCAAGAAAACUACCGUAACGUUGUUAACGAGCGACCAGAGCGAUACUUCUAGAAGCAUGAACGUGAACAAUCCUAUUGAAUGUUCGUUCGGCCAAUCAAAAUUGGCGAUGAUUCAUCAUGAGAAUUUCCAGGACAGGCAAAGGUUGUCUUUGUUCAGCCUCGAAAUGAAACAAAAGUCAUCGAAGAUGAAGAAAAUUGUGAUGUUUCUCUUUAUGACAAUUUUAGUGUGUAUAGUAGCAGUGGCGCUUGCCUAUUUCUACGGAGAUAAACUUGUUAUUUGGUAAACUGUUAUCGUGUAAGAAAUCAAAACGAUAAAAAACGAUUGUUUGGAACUCAUUUGAACUAAAUUUGAUCUUAUUUUAUGAGCUGAUUAUUAACUGCAUUUUACAGGUUUUACUACUUUCUUUGUUUCACUAACUUUUCAUCAAUUCAACUCUUUUUCUUGUG